UUUCGCGAUCUCCUCAUCAAGGCCAAAACCCUAACACCAGCAAAACCCUGACCCCAAAAGCGCUCAGCCCCAAUUCGAGCUCCAUCAAUGGCGGAACCACAAAUCUCCAAGACCUUCCCUGUGAAACCCAAGCACAAGCCUAAGCCCCGAACCCCCAAACAAACCCCCGAAUCCAAAUACUGGUCCUCCUUCAAAACCAAGCAAAUCCCUGACCUCAUCUCCUCCAUCACCUCCCUCACCUUCUCCCCCAACGCCCCACACUCUUUCGCCGCCGCCCACUCCGCCUCCCUCACUCUCUACAACCCCCUAAACCAAUUCUCGCCCACCGCCACCAUCUCCGCCUUCCGCGACGUCGUUUCUUCAGCCUCAUUCCGCUGCGAUGGCCUCCUCGUCGCCGCCGCCGACCUCUCUGGCCUCGUCCAGGUCUUCGAUGUCAAAACCCGAAACCCGCUUCGGAAACUUAAAUCCCACUCGCGCCCAGCUCGGUUCGUCAAAUACCCAGCUUCUGACAAGCUCCAUUUGGUCUCCGGCGGCGACGAUGCCAUUGUCAAGUACUGGGACGUCGCUGGCGAGACUCCGAUUUCCGACUUGCUCGGCCACAAGGACUACGUGCGGUGCGGGGAUUGCUCGCCGGUCAGUUCGGAUAUGUUCGUUACUGGGUCAUAUGAUCACACGGUGAAGCUUUGGGAUGUGAGGGUUAGAGAUUCGGGGUCGGUGAUGGAGGUGAAUCACGGAAAGCCGGUGGAGGACGUGAUUUUCUUGCCAUCCGGUGGAUUAAUUGCAACGGCUGGCGGCGAUUCUGUGAAGAUAUGGGAUUUGAUGGCAGGUGGGAAAAUGGUGUAUUCAAUGGAGAGCCACAAUAAGACUGUGACUUCGAUUUGCGUCGCGAAAAUCGGAAAGGAUAGUGGGGAGGAGGCGCAGCAAUAUAGGAUUUUGAGUGUGGCAUUGGAUGGUUACAUGAAGGUGUUUGAUUAUGCAAAGAUGAAGGUCACUCACUCAAUGCGGUUCCCUGCGCCGCUAAUGUCGGUAGGGUUUUCGCCCGAUUGUAUGACGAGGGUGAUUGGAACUUCGAACGGGAUGAUCUAUGCUGGGAGGAGGAAGUACAAGGAAGGCUCAGGGGGUGGUUCUGAUGAGGAGCUAGAUAGGCCGCUUUCGAAGUAUGAGAAGAGGGAGAAAAGGUUGAAGGCCUUGGGGGAUGCUGGGGGUUUGGGACCUGUGAUGGAGGAAUCGCAGAUUCGGGUUUUAAGGCCUUCGAAUUUUCGGUAUUUCCAUAGAGGGCAAGGGGAGAAGCCGUCCGAGCGGGACUAUGUGGUAAUGAGGCCAAAGAAAGUGAAAUUGGCCGAGCAUGACAAGCUAUUGAAGAAGUUUAGGCACAAGGAUGCUCUGGUGUGUGUCUUGCGCAGCAAGAAUCCGGAGAAUGUCGUGGCGGUGAUGGAGGAAUUGGUGGCGAGGAAUAAACUGCUGAAAUGCACGUUGAAUUUGGAUUCGGAGGAGCUGGAAUUGCUGCUGAAGUUCUUGCAGAAGCACUUGACAGUGCCAAGUUACUCAGGGUUGUUGAUGGGGUUGACAAAGAAGGUUCUUGAGACGAGGAUUGAGGACAUUAAAGCUUCCGAAGCGUUGAAGGUCCAUAUCCGAAACCUUAAACGGUCAGUUGAGGAGGAAAUUCGGAUACAACAGUCGUUGCAGGAGAUGCAGGGUAUAAUUUCUCCGUUGUUGAGAAUUACUGGAAGAAGAUGAAUACUUAGGUUGGUUUUUUUUCUGAUUUUACGAGGCGGUUAGGUUUUUCCGAUGUGUUUGCUUAAUAGCUGCCUGAGUUCACUUGUCAUGGCAAAGACAGUAUCUGCAAUUUUGUGUUGUUUUUCUCAUGUUCUUUCUAUGUUUUAAGCAAUCUCAGAUUUUCGAGAUAGAAAA